GAGAGAGAGAGAGAGAGAGGUCGUGUCGGUUUUACCAUUUCAGUUUCACUCAGACCCGGCCUGAAAUCGCGCGUGUCCACACGCCGAUACUCGAGCCGCAGUUUCGUCUCUGAAUUAAAACCGACAAUUUCCCAGAUCUCUCCGCGCCUUAAUAUACAUCGUUCGACGAAACCUUGGGACUAAGUGAUUUUUACACUCUGCCGCUCUCCGAAUAACACCUGAUCGUGUUAACCGUGUCACGUUUCGUCGGCGAAAGAAAUUGUUUAUCUUUUCAAUCGCUACCAACACCGGUGGGACGACAUACAGUGUACAUAAAAUCGGUGGUCUCGCGAUAGUUGGAUUAGCAACGUGGGCCCUGUUGGAUAAAGUACCAUGGAUAGGUGAAUUAGUAGGGAACGAUUUGCUAACAGGUGCCAUUUACGUUCUAUUGGCCGGUGGUAUCGUUGUCGUUAUAAUAUCGUUCUUUGGUUGUAUCGGUGCAUCUCGAGAAGUCAAAUGUAUGCUUCUCACGUACUUCAUCAUCGUGUUUCUUCUGUUCGUGACCAUGUUAAUUGGCGGAGUCCUCGCAUACGUGUUCCGCGAAAAACUAGUGAACACGCUCGAGAGGGAAAUGUCGAGUUCGAUGAGAGUUUACGAUUCUCGUAAAUCAGUCAGAGAGGCUUGGGAUACGACGCAGUCGACGCGAUUCAACUGCAACGCUGGAUCAGACACAGUGAACCCUUCGAAUGCCUAUCUUGUCGGUUGCAUCAAUGGCACGCAGAUUUACAUGCAAAAGCACGCGACAAUCAUGGGUGGCGCCGGUAUUGCAGUCGCGUGCUUGAUGUUCUUCGGUAUGAUAUUCUCGUGCGUUCUCUUCAAGAUGAUAGAAUGACGAGAGAGCAGUGUGCUUUAAAACAGAGCUUCGUUCUUCGUGUCAGGCUAACGAAGCGGAAGAAGUGGAUGUCAGCCGUCCUCGAGCGAUUCAUGAAUUCAUAAUCAACGUCAUCGUCAUUUGAGUGAUACCUAAGCUGAAGUACGAGAAUCAAAAUGCAUCUUCACGCGCAUCUUUCCAAUGUACAGUUUCACACCGUGUUUUUCUAUUCUUCUAUUUUUUUUCUUUCCUUUUCUCCGUUUAUUUUUGUUUACAUUUAGUAUUAUACUCAAUGUACCUUUUUGCGAUCGGUUUUUUUUUUUUUUUCUUU